CGGCCACUCCGCUCGCCGCCUUCAAAGCACGCACAGGGGGAAGCGGGGUCCAAAUGGCGAGCACCGCACCUCCGCCAUCGUCGCUACCGCCGCUGCUCCUCCGGCUUCUCCUCGCCGGGCUCGCUCUCACGCGAACCGCGGAGCCGCUGCGGGCCGAGCGGGGAGGGGACGAGGGGACGCCCGGAGGCGGCGAGGGCCACGCGGCGGAGACGCCGUGCGAGAUCAAGACCGUCACCGUCUCCACGCUGCCGGUUCUCCGGGAGAACGAGUUCAGCUUCACCGGUGUCGGAGCCGCCGGGAGCGCGGUGGGAGCAGGAGAAGUAGGAAGUAGUGUCGCCGGAGCAGGUGGCACCGCGGGAGGGGGACCAGGAGGAGGGGAGUCGCGGCUCUUGUUGUUCGUCAGGACUGAUCUACCUGGGAUGAUUUCCGUCAUGGAUGAUCUCGACAACACGGCUCUUCCUUACUUCACUCUCGAGAUGUCAGGAACGGAGGAGGGCAUUUCUCAGGUGCACUGGAAGCAGCAGUGGUUGGAGAACGGGACGCUCUACUUCCAUGUGUCCGUCACCGAAUCGGAGCGAGUGGCCCAAACGACGCAAGCCUCGGCGAGGGAGCCGGCCCACGUGCUGCACGAACACAUGCACCUGCUGCACAUCUCCGUGAUGGGAGGCCUCAUCGCCCUGCUCCUUCUCAUUCUCCUCUUCACCCUCGUCCUCUACACCCGCCACCGAUGGUGCAAGCGCCGGCGCAUUCCCCAGAAGAGCGCCAGCACGGAGGCCACCCACGAGAUCCACUACAUCCCCUCGGUCCUGCUCGGGCCCCAGGGGCGGGACAGCUACCGGGGCUCGCGGGGAACUCACCAGCACGGCGGCUCUGUCAUCGGCGUGCCCAUCCGGGAGACGCCCAUCCUCGACGACUACGACUGCGACGACGACGACCCGGUGGGACGCUCGUUGAACUCCACCCCCAACCAGCUGCACAGCAAACUGAGCGACGGGAAGAUCCAGGAGGAUUACGGGGUCGGGAUGGGCUAUGGAGGACACGCCGACAUCAAGCAGGAGGAGUUGAUGCACAAUCUGGACAAACGAGCCCUCGACCCAAACAGGGAGGCGGUGGAGGAUUUGAUGCAGAGGUUCCAGGACAGCUUCCGCAUUCCUAAAACAUCCCCGGACCUUUCCCACUACCAGCACGUCAUCCACAGCUCUUCUACCGGCCGCCGCCGAGUCCCCAGCCACACCCGAGCACCUGGCGGCGUGUUUGGUCCUCAAGGGGAAUCGGGGUCGGAGCCGGAAGACGACAGCCAAAUGAAGUUUUACACCGAGCAGCACAGAGGACGGCGGCGCAGCAAAGGCCACCCACACAGUCCGCUGAACAAGGUCACCCUGACAUUGAUUACCAUCAGCACCUGUGUCGUCGCCAUUGUCUACGCCACGCAGGAUUCCUGCCCACUUACUGUCAAGGUCACGCUCCACGUGCCCGAGCACUUUGUUGCAGAUGGAAGUAGUUUUGUGGUGUCCAUGGGCGGCUUCCUGGACGUUUCCAACUGGUUGAACCCGGCCAAGCUCAUCCUGUACUAUCAGACCAAUUCGUCGGCAGAGUGGGUCCGGGAUUACUGCGGACAGAGGACCACCGACCCCUGCGAACAGAUCUGUGACCAGGACACAGGAGAAUGCAGCUGUCAUGACGGCUAUUCCCCGGAUCCUGUCCAUAAACACCUCUGUGUUCGCAGUGACUGGGGUCAGAAUGAAGGGCCUUGGCCGUACGCUAACCUGGAGAAAGGCUACGACCUAGUUACCGGAGAACAAGCCCCAGAGAGGAUCUUCAGAUCACUCUACAGUCUGGGUCAAGGCUUGUGGCUGCCGGUCAGCAAGAGCUUUGUGGUGCCGCCGGUGGAGCUGUCCAUCAACCCCAUCGCCAGCUGCAAGACCGACGUGCUGGUGAUCGAAGAUCCAGGGGAGGUCAGAGACGAAGCCAUGAUGUCCACAUACUUCGAGACCGUCGAGGAUCUGCUGGCAUCUUUCGGGCCGGUCCGGGACUGCUCCCAAGACAACGGCAACUGCAAGAAGAAUUUCAAGUGUGUAACGGACCGUCGGUUGGACUCCUCGGGCUGCUUGUGUCCUAAUGGGCUCAGGCCGAUGAAGGAUGGCUCCGGUUGCUAUGACUACUCCAGGGGCAUCGACUGCACGGACGGCUUCAACGGAGGCUGCGAGCAGCUGUGCCACCAGCAGCUCGUACCUCUCGAAGACCAGCCCGGAUCCAACAACUUGCUCAUGUACUGCGGGUGUGUGCAGGAGUACAAACUGGCAGCGGAUGGGCGUUCCUGUCUUCUGCAGUCAGAGAACUGCGAGGGGCCCAAAUGUCCGCGGAGGGCCGCUCACUUUAACGACACUCUGUUCGGGGAGAUGCUGCACGGGUACGACAACAAAAGCCAGCAGGUCAACCUGGGACAGAUCUUCCAGAUGACUUUCAGAGAUAACAACUUCAUUAAGGAUUUCCCCCAGUUAGCCGAUGGCCUCAUGGUUCUUCCUCUACCUGUGGAGGAACAAUGCAGAGGAGUGUUGUCGGAACCCCUGCCAAACCUGGACCUCCUCACAGGCAACGCUAAGUUCAAUGAGGCAGCAGGCUAUCCAAUGGUUCAACAGUGGCGAGUGCGCAGCAAUCUGUACAAAGUCAAACUCAGUUCCAUCACGUUGGCCUCAGGUUUUGCAAAGGUUCUUAAGACGCUGUCAGGGGCGAGCACACGCGAGGAGCUGUUGGCCCUCCUCCAGCAACACGGCAGCCACUAUGUGUCGGAGGCGCUGUACGGCUCCGAGAUCAACUGCACAAUCUAUUUCCCCAGCAAGAAGGCCCAGCAGCAGCUGUGGCUACAGUACCAGAAAGAGGCAACAGAUCAAGGGGUUGGCGGAGUUGGCGGAGUUGGCGGAGUUGGCGGUGGGCGUCACGAGUUGAAGGCGGUGCCCUUCAUCAGCUACCUGGCGGGGCUGCAGAAGACCCAGCUGUUGUCCAACGACGUAGUGAACGGCGUGGAGAUUCGCUGCGAGGAGAAGGGUAGCUGUCCGCCCGGAUGCCACCUGUGCCACCACCAGGUCACGGCAGCAGGGCCGGCGUCAGGCAGGGGCCGGGCCGGUAACGGCAGGGGCGGCGAGCAGCCUUCGCCCAUCCCUGUGCUUUUGGAAGUCAGCCGUGUGGUGCCCCUCUAUAGCCUGGUGCAGGACAACGUCACCAAAGAGGCCUUCAAGAGCGCGGCGAUGAGCUCAUACUGGUGUGGCGGAAAGGGCGACGUCGUUGAUAACUGGUGUCGCUGUGACCUGAGUGCCUUCAGCAGAGACGGCCUGCCCAACUGCAGUCCCCUCAGGCAGCCGGUCUUACGCCUGGCCCCCUACCUGGAGCCCUCAAGCACAAUGGUAGCCCUCGAGUGGUUGGAUGUGGAGCCCCUGAUUGGGUGCAAAGUUUCUGACUACAUCAUCCAGCAUAAACGGGUGGAGGACCCCUCUGAGGCAGAGAUCUACACAGGUGAAGUGUUGAGCUUGCUGGACGAUCUCUUCUCCGGUUUGGGUUCGUCCUGCGUGGUACCCGGCAAGAGGAGUGCUGAACAUCCCCACGCUCUGCUUUAUUCUGUCGUGUUCAAGUGCCUGGAGCCUGACAGUCUCUACAAGUUCACUCUUUAUGCAGUGGAUAGCCGUGGCAGUCACUCCGAGUCCAGCUACGUCUCCAUAAGGACGUCCUGCCCCAUGGUGGAUGACAGCCGAGCUGAAGAAAUAGCGGACAAAGUGUACAGCUUGUACAACGGCUACACGAGCGGCAAAGAGCAGCAGAUGGCCUACAACACCUUGAUGGAAAUCCCUCCGCCUCUGCUCUACCGAGUCCAGCACCACUACAAUUCCCUCUAUGAGAAGUUCGGAGACUUCGUCUGGCGCAGCGAGGACGAGCUGGGCCCCAGAAAAGCCAACCUGAUCCUCCGGAGGGUGGACAAGAUCAGCCACUACUGCCGCUCCCUACUGCGCAGCACCCACAUCCAGAGCCGCACCGACACCAUGGCGUACGUCUUCUGCCGCAGCGACGAGGGGCGGCCGCCCGGGGGGGCGUGGCGCGACUCGUUGCACGAAGGACGCACCACCUGCACAGAGAAGCUCAUUUCCAUACAGCGCAACACGUACAGCAGCACGAAACUGCGAUGAGAAGCGAGAACGGGAGACUCGCUGCCAGUCGGGACUCGACAUUGACUGCAGCAGAUGUCUCUGUGGUAAAAACGGGAAAAAAACAAACAAAAAAACUGACAGGACGUGGGACUUACUUUUAUUGUGAGACUAUACACGAAAACAUAGAGAACUGUGCAAAAAAAAACCCCCAAAAAACGAGAAAGUACAACGUGAACAUGUAAGAUAGUCUUCGACCAAAAGAUAAUGUUUAAAUACUUUGAAUGUAACCUUGUGGUUCUUUUUUUAUUUUUAUUUGAAGCACCUAAAAGAGCAAAAAAAGGUGAUUUCUAGUAAAUGAAACUGCGUAAAAACCAGACAGAAUACUACUUGUUUGUUUUGGCGAAGAGUGCUCAUUUUCUUGCAUUUCUACAGAUAUGUCGGUUGUUUGCAUUAUUUAAAAAAGUCAAAUUAUGAAAAAUUUAAAAAAACAACAGAAAUAUGAUUUCUUCUAGUCUAAUUGGGUGGUAUAGCUCGGUUGGUGGAAUGGCCGUGCCAGCAACUUAAGGGUUCCAGGUUCGAUCCCCGCCUCCCCCAUCCUAGUCACUGCCGUUGUGUCCUUGAGCAAGACACUUAACCCACCUGCUCCCAGUGCCACCAACACUGGUUUAAAUGUAACUUAGAUAUUGGGUUUCGCUAUGUAAAAGCGCUUUGAGUCUCUGGAGAAAAGCGCUAUAUAAAUAUAAUUCACUUCACUAAAUAUAAUUCACUAAUUGACGCUCUUACUAACGAUUUUGGACUUCGGGCAGCUUUCAUAAACAUUUUCUAUGCAGAAGAAAUGCCAAACAGUUAAUUUAAGUCCUCAUAUAAGUUAUCAAUGGUAAUGGUCUCCAGAUCGGUCUGAUAUCUGCUAAAAUCAAGGUAUUGUAUCAGCAUAUUUUCCAGACAAUAAUCCGUUACUUUUUUCUCCAAACAUUGGACCCGACGGCUUAUACAAAGUAGUGGCUAACCAAUGUAUUUUUCUUCGCUAACUGCGUAAUUAGGUAAUGGAUUAAGCAAAGAAAUCAAGAAAUUUACUAAAAUUAUCCACUAUCAAGUCUGUGGAUUCUGUGAUGAGGUGGCGACUUGUCCAGGGUGUAACCCGCCUUCUGCCCGAAUCCAGGUGGGAUAGGCUCCCGUGACCCCAAAAGGGACAAGCGGUAGAAAAUGGAUAGAUGGAUGGAAGUCUGUGGAUGUUCUCAUCCAGUUCAUUGUAUUCUCAGGGCAUUCAAUCAAUCGCAACUGGACUAUUUGGUUUAUCUUAGAAGACGUUUCGCCUCUCAUCCAAGUAGGCUUCAUCAGUUCAUGCUCAUGGACUUAGAUUGGUCAGAUCUCGUCCAGCGGCUGGUGUCAAAAUCCCACCGAUUUAUACUCCAAAACCAGGAGGGUGUGCCUGGGCAAGGAAGGUUCCACCCUAUCGUAGUGAGAUAAAUAACUGUUUUGAUGCAAACGAGCAAUCCUACCAUCAAAGCCAACGAAAGUCAUUGGAUGUGUAAUCGCCCCUCGUUACCACUGAGGUAUUGUGUGGCAGAAUAAUCGCUGUGGGUCGACUACUACCAGUCUGAAUCCCAAUAGUACCGAUCCCGAUACUACUAAUAGUCUGAAUCUCCCAUGUUAGCAUUCCAUGCAGUUGUAAACAAAAGGUGACCAGAAUGGUUCUAACUUCCGUUAUUUGUUGGAGGCUAAAUUGCAGUCUUUUAGGAAUUGUUGAAAGGACAGUGUUUUAUGUUUUUUCAACUUUGACAUAGAUGGCUUCCCUCCCUCCUUUUGUACCAUCUGUCGUCCCCGUCCAGAAUCUGGACAUUUUUGUCCUGAAAGUAGUUUUUUUCUCACUGCUAUAGGGCUGAACCAUCCUUGCCCAGGCAUACCCUCCUGGUUUUGGAGUAUUGAUAUUUGGAGUUUGGGCACCAGCCACGAGACUACAUCUGGCCAAUCUAAGUCUAAGACAAUAUCUAACCAAUCUAAGUCUAAGACAAGAUUUGACCAAUCUAAGUCAAAGACUACACUUGACCAAUCUAAGUCAAAGGCUAGAUUUGACCAAUCUAGGUCAAAGACUAGAUUUGACCAAUCUAAUUCUAAGACUAGAUUUGACCAAUCUGAGUCUAAAACUAGAUUUGACCAAUCUAAGUUACAGGCUAGAUGUGACCAAUCUAAGUCUAAGAUUAGAUUUGACCAAUCUAAGUCUAGGACUAGAUUUGACCAAUCUACGUCCAUCACUGGAUUUGACCAAUCUACGUCUAACACUGGAUUUGACCAAUCUACGUCUAACACUGGAUUUGACCAAUCUACGUCUAAGACUGGAUUUGACCAAUGUACGUCUAAGACUAGAUUUGACCAAUCUAAGUCCAAGAUUAGAUUUGACCAAUCUAAGUUUUAGGCAAGAUUUGACCAAUCUAAAGACUAUAUUUGACCAAUCUAAGUCUAAGACUAGAUUUGACCAAUCGAAGUGUAAGACAAGAUCUGAUCAAUCUAAGACUAGAUUUGACCAAUCUAAGUCUAAGACUAGAUCUGACCGAUCUAAGUCAAAGACUAGAUCUGACCGAUCUAAGUCAAAGACUAGAUUUGACGAAUCUAAGUCUAAGACUAGAUUUGACCAAUCUAAGUCUAAGACUAGAUUUGACCAAUCGAAGUGUAAGACAAGAUCUGAUCAAUCUAAGACUAGAUUUGACCAAUCUAAGUCAAAGACUAGAUCUGACCGAUUUAAGUCAAAGACUAGAUCUGACCGAUCUAAGUCAGACUAGAUUUGACGAAUCUAAGUCAAAGACUAGAUCUGACCAAUCUAAGUCAAAGACUAGAUCUGACCGAUCUAAGUCCAAGACUAGAUCUGACCAAUCUAAGUCCAAGACUAGAUCUGACCAAUAUAAGUCCAAGACUAGAUCUGACCAAUCUAAGUCAAAGACUAGAUAUGACCAAUCUAAGUCUAAGACUAAGUCUGAUCAACCUAAGUCUAUGAGCAUGAACUGACGAAGCUUACUUGGAUGAGAGGUGAAUGUCUUCUAAGGAAAAACCAAACAGUCCAGUUGCGGUCGAUUAAAAUUCACUGAGAAUUGACUUUUAAGAAACGUUUAAAUCUCAGUGUUUACAAAGUACAAAGGAAGAAGAAAAAUCCUGAUGAACAUCUUGGACCUUAUUCAAAAAGAAAACACCUUAUUCAUCUCAUACAGGACAAAUUAAGACACCCUUGACUAUAGUGUUGUUUGAUCAGCUGUUUUACUGUCAGGUUAGUCAAUAUUUAUUUAUACAGCCCUAAAUCACACUUGUCUCAAAGGGCUGCACAAGCCACAACGACAUCCUCAGUUCAGAUCCCACAUAAGGGCACGGAAAAACUCACAACCCAGUGAGAUGUCAAUCUGAAUGACUAUGAGAAACCCUGGAAACCCCCCGAAAAUCCAGUCCAUAGUGGAUCUAACAUAAUUGUGAGAGUCCAGUCCAUAGUGGAGCCAACAGGCAUCGACUGGAAACAAUUAGGCUAUAUAAAUAAACAUUUACGAAAUAUUUCUAUACAAAUAUCUCAUUUUAUACCGUACCGGUAUAUAUCUGCGGCUUAUAAACCAGUGCGGCUAAUAUAUGAAAACAUUUAUUUUUCGUCCAAAAUUUAGUGAGUGCGUCUUAUAUUCUAUACUAUUGAUCCAAAACGUCCAAUUUCAACUUUGUUCUGCUCCCGCUAACGUCUAUUUUUGCUCGUUUAGCAGACAGAUAACAGGUUGUCUCCACUUGAGAGCCUGUCUAAAAGUAUUUGCUUUAAUACACCGUAAAACUGAACUCAGAAAUUGAGUACCGUAUUUCCUUGAAUUGCCGCCGGGGCGCUAAUUAAUUUAAAACCUCUUCUCACUACCAAAGGCAUGCGGUAAAUUCAGGCCUGUGCUAAUAAAUUUGAGUGUGAUGUAAGGAUACCAUCAUGAAAAGAACAUUUAGUAAAAAAAAAAACGUUAUUAUGGUCUUACCUUUACUUAUAAAUGAAGUCCAUGCGCAGCUCCUUCUGGUCAAAAGCAUCGAUAACUUGUUUAUAGAAGUCUUCCUUAUCUUUCUUCAGUUUUAAAAGUCUCUCUAUCUCAAUGGAGAUCUUCCUUUAUUACCUCCUGCUUCGAUUGAAAGUCUAGUUUAGAAAACGGUUUUAUUUUAGAUAUGUAAUCCUCCAUGUUAAAAGUGCAAGCGAGAGGAAAAAAUAAACUAUCGCUGCUCACUCUUGCUGCUUGUUGUCACUUCUCCUGCAGCCGAAUUGUCGCAAGAAGGAUCACAAGCGCCCUCUACUACCAGGAGCAAGAGUUAUUUAAUGACUCAUAUUUGACACACGCAGCUACGGUAUAAUACUAAAACAUAGCUGCUUACUGUUCUUUUUAGCAUAUUCAAAAGCUUGGAUCUUAAAUCCUACUGAAUAGCUCUUAAUCUUCUUCCCUUUAUGCGAUUUCAAAUUAUUGAAUUCGGCCUCCUCCAUUUUGACGUGACGAGUUUGACCCGGUGGAAAUUCUAGGCAUAUGCUAAUUAUUUGGCGAAACGAGUUUGACCCGGCGUUAAUCCUGAGCCAGCGGUAAUGCUAAGCAUGCGCUAAUUAUUUCGCGAAACGAGUUUGACCCGGCAGUAAUUCUAGUCAGGCGCAUUCUAUAUACCCGGCGGCAAUUCAAGGAAAUACGGUAUGUCAAUAAAAAUGACAUGAGACACUAAAUAACUUGGAAAUCAAAAUUACAAUAAAGAUACAUGUUAUGAUUAAUAAUAAGUACUCGGCUUCUUGGCAAACUCUUCGUAGUGUUCAACAAAAAACAAGGCUGGUACAAUCUACUUAAUGGCAAAGACUACUUCCUGUCAACGGCAACACAUCCAGGGCAACAUAAAAUGAAUGCGUACUUACAAAUGAGACUCAUAAAUGUAAGAAAACAAGAUGUAACAACUAAAUAGUAUGCAGUCCAUCCAAGACUCCGCUCAAGGACUUCUAUCCCGAAACAGAACAAAACCAACGCUAAGGUCAGACAUUAUAAUACGUUGUAUUAUGAAGUGAUGGCACCCGUAAAGUGAGUGCAGCCUUUGUGCUCGAAGUUCUCUUGACGUUUCCAACAUUUAAGUUUUAUUAGUUUCCUUUCCGAGUCGAGAUGGUGCACGUUGAAGCUUUUGAACCCCAUGCAAUACUCAUAAAUUUUUUUAGUUUCCAGGUUUGACAUUUGUUUUUAUGCUGCUUUUGGGACACGUUUUCAUGGUCGGGAAUGUGAGGAAAUACAACAAGAAGAUGAGUCAUUGAUUUCAAUCAUCUGACACAGGAAUUGGGUUGCACUCUUGAGUUUUAUUGUUCAUGGAUUUGUUUGCGUAGAUGCUGUCCAUGAAAUGCUGAUUGUCGUCACCGAGACGUAGGAAAGACAUUCCUGCAGGGAGAACAACUGAGCCUGUUCUCAAGAGAAUCUUUGUAUGGUUCCGUUCAAAAAUAGAUUAUAAUUGUUUUCAUCUAAUUUCAUUAAUUUUUACGAGUUUACUAUUAAUGUUUUACGUAUUUUAUUUUAGAACUCUUUUCAAACUUGAUUUACCUUUUUGUUUUGUACAUGUCAAUGUUAGUAGUCAAAAGUUUACAUACACUUGUAAAGAACAUAAUGUCAUGGCUGUCUUGAGUUUCCAAUCAUUCCUACAACUCUUGUUUUUUUUUGUGAUAGAGUGAUUGGAGCACAUACUUGUUGGUCAUAAAAAAAAAACAUUCAUGAAGUUUGGUUCUUUUUUCAAUUUACUAUGGGUCUACUGAAAAUGUGACUUAUCGUAUCGUUGUCCAUCACAUGGACAAAGACAAGACCUUCUGGGAGGAAAAUUCUGUGGUCAGAUGAAUUAAAAAUUGAGCUGUUUGGCCACAAUACCCAGCAAUAUGUUUAGAGGAGAGAACAUGAGGCCUUUAAUCCCAGGAACACCACACCUACCGUCAAGCAUGGUGGUGGUAGCAUUAUGCUCAGGGCCGGUUUUGCUGCCAAUGGAACUGGUGCUUUACAGAGAGUAAAUGGGACAUUAAAAAAGGAGGAUUACCUCCAAAUUCAUCAGGACAACCUAAAACAGGGGUAGGGAACCUAUGGCUCUAGAACCAGAUGUGGCUCUUUUGAUGACUGCAUCUGGCUCUCAGAUAAAUCUUAGCUGACUUUGCUUAACAUGAUAAGUAAUUAAUAUUUCUGCUGGUAAUCACAGUGUUAAAAAUAACGUUGAAAUUAUAAAACAUUCUCAUGCAUUUUAAUCCAACCAUCCAUGUUCAAGAUGUCGCAUUAAUGGAAAGAAGUAUUAUAUUUAUUAUUGGUUAACUUUUACAAUAACAAUGUUAUUAAAAAGAAUAAGAUACUUAUUAUAAUCUUAAAAUGUUGGUCUUACUUAAAAAUGCACGCAUUUCGUUGUAUUCAGUGUUAAAAAAAUAUUAUAUGGCUCUCAUGGAAAUACAUUUUGAAAUAUUUGGCUUUCAUGCCUCUCUCAGCCAAAAAGGUUCCCGACCCCUGACCUAAAAUCAUCAGCUUGGAUGUUGGGUCUUGGGCACAGUUGGGUGUUCCAACAGGACAAUGACCCCCAACACACGUCAAAAGUGGUAAAGGAUUGGCUAAAUCAGGCUAGAAUUAAGGUUUCAGAAUGCCUUUCCCAAAGUCCUGACUUAAACGUGUGGACAAUGCUGAAGAAACAAGUCCAUUUCAGAAAACCAACAAAUUUAGCUGAAUUUUGUCAAGAGGAGUGGUAAAAAAAAAAACUCAACCUGCCUUGUGGAUGGCUACCAAAACUUGCCAAGGGAUAUGUAACCAGAUAACAUUGCUGUAUGUAUACUUUUGACCCAAUAGAUUUGCUCACAUUUUCAGUAGACCCAUAAUAAAUUCAUAUAAGAACUAAACUUCAUGAAUGUUUUUUUGUGACCAGAUGAAUUAAAAAUUGAGUUAGACCCGCUCGACAUCCAUUGCUUUCGGUCCCCUGGGGGGGGGUUGCCCACAUUUGAGGUCCUCUCCAAGGUUUCUCAUAGUCAGCAUUGUCACUGGCGUCCCACUGGGUGUGAAUUCUCCCUGCCCUUAUGUGGGUUCUUCCGAGGAUGUCGUAGUCGUAGUGGUCUGUACAGUCCUUUGAGACAUUUGUGAUUUAGGGCUAUAUAAAUAAACAUUGAUUGAUUGAUCGACCAAAAAGAAUGUGCUCCAAUCACUCUAUCACAAAAAAAUAAGAGUUGUAGAAAUGAUUGGAAACUCUUGACAGUCAUGACAUUAUGUUCUUUACAAGUGUAUGUAAACUUUUGACCAGGACUGUAUGUACUUCGCCAAAAUUUUAAAUGUGUUUUCAAACAGUGAAUAUAUAAAUAAUGAAUGUAACAUAGUGCUUAAGUAUUCUGUGGGACUUGGACUAAAUUCUUUAUGUCCGUGCCCUCAGUCUCCUUUUUAUUUAUUUGCUGUCUGUCCAAUGCUGUCUCCAAAGCCAGGAUGAUUGUUUUCAUGAGGUGAGACGAUGCCUUCCCCCCCCCCUAUUGUUCUCUCAUGUUGAAUACAUUGUAAUAAUAACUUAUAUUGUACAUUAUAUACAUGUAAAAAAAAAAAAUGUAUUACGUGGAUUUGAUUGUCCUUUUCUUUUGAAGAAUGUGAAAUAUUAAACAUGUAUAUACAUUCUACUGAUACUAAAUGUCAGUUACAUUUUUUUUUUUAAAAACAUCUAAGAAAUAAAUACAGAAAAACCAUA